CCAUCUAUGUUCUUACCAUUCUUACAGGGUACUGAAGGAUGAGUGUGUCUGGAGGUCUGGUCGAUCCUAUCAAGCCUUGGAACGUACAACGCUUUCCAGGCUUCCCUAACCGCAGAUGCUCCCACUUGAUAUGGUGAAUCACGCCAUUGGAGCAUUGCCCUCUUCCUUGUGAAUCACACCACAAAGGGAAACACGGGCUCAGCCCACAUGGCCCCCAAAUGGUCUCGAUCAGAGACAAGAUUUCACUGGGUACUCGUCACCCUGCCAGUGCAGCAUGACCGAAAGUCCAAGGAGAAUCCGCCCUUCAUUAAGUGACAAUUAUAAGAAGUGCGCCUAAAAUCAGAAGAUUGCGCGAGGAUUUUGUUUGAGGCAGGUAAGGGCACCCUCCAGGGCUGUCCAUUCACAGGAGAGGCCAAAAGGUGGGCGUGCUUGUACAUAAUCAGUUUUUGGCGUAUGUUCCAGCUGCCAAGUUUGAGCUCCCUUUGACCGUGUUCGCAUCCUCAACAUUGUUCAGGUUAUGAUUCACGUUUUCUGAGAGCAAGACUGGUUUUGUGUUGAAGAAUACAUGCCGUAGUUACCAAUACACUGACGCACAUUAAGACCGUUCUGGGCCAGCGUGACGCAGCACUGUACCUUUGCCGCAUCCUUUGAAGGCGUGCCUCUCGUGGCUGGUAGCUUGAAUGCCAUCUCGCCCACACCAUGCUUUGGGAUCUCUGCACAACUUGUAUCUCAAAUUCCAAACAGACUUGACAAGAUCCAUUGUCGUCGGGGGGUUUCACAGACCGACAAGCCGACAUAAUUCCCUAUUCACAAACGCUCAUCAUUUUUGGGAUGCAACAUGCAAUCCACAACAGUGCUCGCAUCUGUGGUUCCGAGAUGCCCGGCACGGCAGCUAUUUUCAAAUGCUGCACCGGACGAACGGUCUCCCUGGCCUCAACCUUCAUACCCGAAUUGUUGCCAAUGCUAGACGAGAUGGACCUUGGGGCGAGGCGGAGGCUCAUGAAUGUAAAGAGCCUGUAUGCUCGGUAAAAGCCCAAAGGCUCAUCAUGAACAUUGAUUCACGGCCAUCGUCCCAACUACACGCCGCGAGUGUCUCCAUAUCAGUCAUAAAUUCGAGAAUAUCACAGCCGUCAAUUCAUCAUGCUACAGCGAGUGACAGAUCUUAGAGAUGGGCUUGACAGACGAAUAUAAAUUCGCCGCUUCUGGGUUGCAAGUCUUCGAGCCUCGUACCAAAACAAUGACAUUAACCUUUUUGACCCAAGGGACAUCCAUAGUCAAAGCCACCAGAGCGCUAACGACACACAGUCAACCUUGCAAAGCUCUUAAACAUCCACUUACCAAGUCCUGGAGCCGACAGCAUGUCUCGAGAUAUGGCGGUUCGCGUCGGAACAUAUUUAAGUGGCGGACAUCCGCGUCGCAAGCAAAAACUUGAUUUUACGGAAUUUCGUUGCAACCACAAUCCAAAGCAUUCUAAUCACAGGAAUCCAUCGACGUCACAUACGGUCCACGGCAGCCACGGACGUCCUCUGUGGACGGUCGAGUGGGUUCCAUGCAUGAAACGAGAAGCCGUCGACCACAUGCAAGAGGCCCACGGGUAUGAUUACAAAAAUAGACCGCGCCCAUCAAAGGGCUCCAAGAAAUCUCAAGCCCAGAGGCAUGGCGGACCAUAUUCCAGCAACCCCGGCACCCCCCUCAGCCGAGGCGUGAGUCAACAGAUGGCCCCUAGUCACCAGGCCCCUUCUAAUCCGGCGUCCACACACUCUGUGUGGGAGGCUUCCAGUCGGUCGAGCAGUUAUGAUGAGGAAGAGGAGUGGGAGGCCCAACACGGGGCUCCAAGCAACUACUCCAAUUGGUCCAGGGGCGUGGCCUCUCUUCAUGGAAUGGGUCCGCCUCCCAGUAUGCAUGGGAGUCUGCCGGGCGAACAACAAUGGGGCCCUUUCGAAGGACAGACCCGUAGUGUUCAUCACAACCAGGCAUAUGGCGAGUCACAGGAGGCGUAUGGCCAAUAUCCAAAUGCAACGGCGAUGUGGGUUUACCAGAGCUCAAUGCCUGUGUACAGAGGCGCUUCGCAUUCUGGGAUGGACCAACAGUCCGCGAGAUCGUAUCAAACUUCUUAUGCGAUGGGCGCUGGUCCACCAUCAACAGUCUCUACCCUCUCAAGCGAUGGAACCAUCGUGGAUUGGGCGAGGCAGAUGACCUCCGCGCAGCAUAUGGAGAAGUUGGCGGAGGCGAUGCGGGAAGCUGGAAUGGCGCAAAUGACUGCUAAUUACGCGCCCCAGUGCGGUGGCGGACAGCCAGUACUCAGACGUCCACAGUUCUACAAUGAGCCAACGCCCCCUGACUCAUACAGAAGCCAUUCGUAGAACGGCACUAUAUGCCAGCACGAAGGGUAUUCCCAGGUGUCAUGAGGUUUCUCGUCUUGAGCUACGGAAUGGAGCACGCGACAUUGAAAGUCGUUUCCUUGGCGAAGCCCGGGGACUGGAGGCCGGAUAGUCCGCGCUGUCUCUUCUCUUCUUUAUUUCUUGUCUUUUCCUUUUUGGUUUUCUUUUUUGAUGAUGGGAAAUGGGGGCGACAUGCCCGGGAGAACAUGGACGCCACAAGAUUUUAGUUGUGCUGGCUGGCUCGCACGAAUAUCCGCACCUCGGCUGGAUGGUGUGGACAUGAGCUCGGCACACGGUCAUAUUUCAAUGUUAAUGAGCGACGGAAUCGCAUGGAUGCGGGUUUUGGGGACUACUCGUGCCACACAUUGGUUUUCUUCUUCUUUUUCUUCUGGUCCUUGUUCCCUGCUGUCAGGCCAGCCGGAAAUUUUGAGUUUACCGCGGAAUCAACGAUCUCUUGCUGCUAUUCAUGGAUGCUCGGUGAAUAUGCCCACAAAUGCGAGAUGUAAUGUCAUAUUGUGAAC